UAAAAAUAAGACUACCGCGGACCAAAAUUUCUGCAGUGCGGCAUGCGUGUGGCGAGUGUGAUGUGUGAUGUGAUGCGGUGUUGCGCCCUUUUGAUGUGUUUUCCCUAGGGCUUGGCGCCUUAUUUAUGCGAAAUGGAUCGAAGGUGUAUUGUGGAAAUAUUCAUCUUUUGCAGCGUUUUGGAUUUGGUCUGCCUUCUGGUGGGUCAUGCAAACGGCCACAGUCAAGCCUUUAUUCAAAUUGACAAUGAGCUGCGGUAUCUGGUCGAUGGCGUCUCGGUCAACAUGUACGAGAGUAUCUCCGAGGACGGCACGCCGAGUCGAGGCUCGUCAGACCUCGACAAGCAGCCGUCCAUUCGGUUCGACCCGCCCAUGCUCGACUUCAAGGAGCAUCCGUUGGGAAUGCCACAUGUGGAACGGGUUAUGAUAUACAACCCUUCUGCCGAACAUACAAUAUCAAUGCUGUCAAUAUCAGGCAGCACAGUGCAUUUUCAUUGCACAUUCUUCCAAGAAAAGAUGGUACCACCUUUAGGGAACACGUCGCUAGACGUGGUAUUCCUUGGGCGGGAGGUGGGGCCCGUCGAGAGCUACCUCUACAUUCACUCGUCGGUCGGCAGUUUCCGGUUUAAGGUCAAGGCGGAAGGAACGCCGAACCCUUACCGACUGAAACCGCUGGUCGGCGUGAAAAUGCCUCUAAAUUCAAGUUAUUCGCCAUUGAUAGAAAUGUACAAUCCACACAAAACACCGUUACAGGUGACGGAGAUGUACAGCAGCGGCGGCGAUCUACACCUGGAGCUGCCGUCCGGAGACGUCGAGGGCUCCCGCGCUCAGUGGCAGGUGCCGCCCUACCACAGCCGACCCGUGAUGCGGGCCAGCUUCGUGGCGCGCCAGGCCAACAACCACACCGCCUUCAUACGGAUAAAGACGAACAGCUCGGGUCCCACCGACGACUACCUGGUGUUACCGGUCGAGGUCGAGGUGUCCGCCCAGCCGGGCCUCUUCUGUCCACUGCAGCGGCUCGACUUUGGACUGGUGGCGGCCGGCAGUCCGCCCCGGCAACUGUGGCUGCCGCUACUCAACGCCGCCAACAAACCCAUCCACCUGCAGCAUGUGGUGGCCAGUCCGGCCAACGAUGCUGUACAGAUCGAGUUCGAGCCGCUCAAGAUUCCGCCGACCACCGGGCGAGCGACAAACGUGGCCCGGGUCACCUUCUAUCCUGACCGGGUACGAUCAGAGAAGCAGCUCAGCGGCAAAAUAUUCAUCAAGUCCAAAAGCAACCAACACAAAUUGCAGAUACCGUACUCGGCCGAGAUAGUCCCGGGCAGCCUGGAGUGGGACGAGACCCAGCUGCAGUUUCACGUGACAGCGGAGGGGGCCGAUCGGCCGCGUAACGUCACCGUCACCAACCGGUUUGCCGUGCCGCUGGCCGUCUACAACGUGUCGCUCACGGACGACGCCGGACAACACUUCAAGGUGUCGUGGCGGGGUCCGAGGAUCCUGACCCCUAACGAGUCGGCGUCUCUGUUGAGCCUGACGCUGCGGGCGCCGGAGCCGCUGCUGCAGCUGACGGCCCACCUGGUGCUGUACACGAACGUCACCGAGCUGCGGCUGCCCGUCACCUGCUACACGGGAAAACUCCGAUCGUACAUUGUAACUCCAGAGGGCGGCAGUAGCGCCGGCAGCGGUCAGCUGCUCGACUUUGGCACGCUGGGUGUGGGCGAGUCGCGCGACAUGUACUUCUACCUGCUCAACGAGAACCCGAUCCCGGUGGAGCUGCGCGGCUGGGGCAGCAACUUCAGCCGCAGCGUGGUCGAGCUGGCCGGCACCGACCGCGGCGCCGAGGCGGAGAUCGUGCGCAGACACGGCGGGCCCUACCGCGACAAACACCUGGUGCUCAAGCCGCACCACUACGCCAUAAUGCGUGUGGGCAUCGUGUCGCCGGAGCGCGAGGGUCUGUUCGUGGCGUCGGCGUUCGUCCACACUGAGUUCGAGCAGCCGACGGUGCCUUUCCGACUGCGAGUGGCGCUGGGCAGCCUGUCUACCGUGCCAGCAGUGGUCACCUUCGAGAAGGCGUUCCCCGGUAAGACGUCAGCGGUGCCUCUGUCUGUCUACUCGGCGUUCGGCCACGCCAUGACCGUCUCGAGCGUCCGUGCCGAGCCGGCCGACCGGCGCCUCGUCUACCGACCCCUCUCGGCUCGAGCGCCCGUCGUGCUCGAGCCCGAGAAAAGGACGGCGCUCGGCGAGCUAGUCUUUGAGCCGGCCAGGGCGUGCGAGGACGACUGCUACACGGGGUUCCAGCUCGACUCCAAACGCGGCACGCGCUGGCUCCAGGGCCUCUCCCUCCCAGCCAACAUCGGAGACGUGGACUCGGAGCUGUUCCACUCCCAGUACGACAAGUACCGGGCGAUGGCGGGCGGCUCCGGCUCCGGCUCCGGCUCCGGCUCCGGCGGCGAGUGGCACAACAUCAGCGUCACUCUGGACACCAGUGAGGUGCGCGGGUACCAGUUUUGGGCCCGCGCGCAGCUCGGCUGGCCACAGCUGAUCGGCCGCCGCCGGCUCCGGUUCGGCGUCACACAGGUGGGGAACGUCACGGUACGGGACCUGACGAUAGAGAAUCCGUCCGAGCUGCCUCUGGCGGUUCACGUCUCUCUACUCAGCGACUACCCGGCGACACAGGCGACUAUGGACAUCAUACAGCAACUUCUGGGUGAGGCGCCGAGCGGCGCGGUGCGGCCGUCGCGCGGUCCGGCCGCCGCCAGUUUCACGCUGCUCGAGGCCGGCCGACCCGAGUGGUCGUCCUCGCUGCAGACCCACGCGUCACUGCCGCACGACAAUACGGUCACGGCUCUGGUGUCUCCUGGGGGACGGGUGCGAGUACCCCUCGUCUUCGGGCCAAGAGAGGACGUCGCCGCGUCGGAUGUAGUCAUCAUCAGGAACAACCUGACUGCGCUGGACAUGCUGGUGGUACAGGGCCGCGGUGCCUACGGCCAGCUCCAGUUCGGCAGCCAGCGGCCCGGCUCUUCCAGUCCGCUGCUGUUCGAGCUCGUCGAAAAACACCUCAAGGAUUGUUCUCGAAAGCCAAGCAAGCACAUGCUGCCCAACUUCACUGUGAAGCGUGCCUUCACGACGCGUAACGUCGGAGAGGUGGCCAUCUCCAUCUCCAACUUCACCGUGAACGGGCUGCCGUGCGAGGGGUUCGGGUUCCGCGUACUCAACUGCGCGCCGUUUCAACUGCAGCCCAACUCGAGCCGCAAGGUGGAGGUGGCCUUCACACCCGACUUCACGACCACUGUGGUGAGGAGGAAGCUGGAGCUGCACACGAGUCUACAGCCGGCCGGCCAGCCGCUGGUGUACUCUCUUCACGCCACCGUGCCGCCGCAGAUGUUGGAGCUGUGCUCGCGGGCCGUACCCCGACCCGACUGGGAGCCACUACUGUACUACGUGGCCGUCACCUUCAUGAUCUUCAUGCUGUUCAGCAUCCUAACGGCGGCGUUUUUCGAGUCGGACCGUAUCCUGAAGGACACGUUUGACCUGCACGCGCCGCCGGCGGGUGCGGUAGCUCGGGCGUACCAGCAGCAGCCCCGUGUGUUUGACCUACGGAGGGUAGCAGAUGGCACGGCACAAGAGGAACCAUCACCCGCAGCCACAGCUGCUGGGAGGAAGUCUCCACGGGCCACAGCCGAGUCGGCGUCACCACCGGCAACGGCGGCCAAACCGGUCACUCCGCCGGCGCCGCGCGGCCGGCGCGAGCAGCCCGAGCCACCCAAACGAGCCAAACCGGAGCGGCCCACCGCUGCCGAGAAGGACGAAUCAGAGACUGUGCGGCGCCGGCGCAAGGCGAAGAAGGAAGCCAAGAGCAACCGCAGCUGGGCUAGCACCUUCCUGGAGACGCUGGGUAUGAACUCUGGCUCCGAGCCGUCCGCUGUGAUAGAGGACGUGAGUGCGGCGGCGCACAACUCGGCGCCGGCGCCGAGGAAGUCGACCGACAGCGGACAGCAGACGGACAGACGAGACGUCGACGACGACGAGAGCUGCACGUCCUCAUCGACGACGGACCACUCGCAUACGGAGGACGUCAGCGAAAAGGAGAAAAAUUCGAAAGCAGACCGGGAUAAAAGCAAUAAUAAACUGCACAAGUCGGGUUCAGGCAAUAUCAAGUCAUCUGAAAAGUCAGAGAGCACUGCUGAGACCAAGUCAGACACCAGCGCCAAGUCAAAACAGUCAGUCAACAAAAAAGUCAAGGCCAAGACCACCACUAGUCUGCCCAACCUGGGCUCCCUGGAGUUGCCCUACAAACCCAAAACGGUCGACGACCGCAAGGACAAGAGGAAACAACGCGCCAAGGCGACGAUAGCUCCGUCGGUGGGUGGCACGGUGUCACCGAGCUCUUCUGUCUCCUCCGAGAGCGCCCCGCCCGUCUGGGAUGCACCAUCCGGUGCGGCGCCAGACGACGCAUUCGGCCUGCUCUCGCAGCAGACAGAGAGCUUCGCGCGCAGCGGUGCCGGUCUGCCGGCGCGGUCGUCGUUCGCCAGCAUCGUCUCAGGUCAGAGCGGUGACCGUCCGCGGGCUCGCGCGCCGCCGGUCGGAAAGAUCGCCCCGGAGGUGCAGCGUCCGGCGGCCGGCCUGGGUCCGAUCGGGCCGCGCCACCGCCAGGCGUCGCCUCCGCUGGGCGGUCUCUCGACCGUGUGGGCCACCGAUGGGGACCUCUGCUCGCCGGCCGUAGCGACCAGCCCGCUGCUGCCGACCACGCCAGUCAAGCCGAUGCCGCCGGCCGAGGAGCCAUCCAGCUUCGGCCUCCACUCGCUGGCACAGUCAGCCUCCACCAUGCUAAAGCUGUCGUCAGUGUGGUCGACGCCGCCACAGGCCGCGCACGUGCCCCCGCCCCAGCCGGCGCACCCGACCUUCAUGCAGGGACUCCAGGCAGACCGGCGAAUGCAGACACAACAGUACGACCAGCCGCAGCGCCAGGCGACUGGCGCCAUGGACGAGUGGCCCGGGUUCGGCAGCAGUUGUCCUUUCGGCGGCACCGGCUCACUCUGGGAGCCCACGCCGGCGCCGCCCGCCGCCUCGCUGUGGGGCGGCGCCGACCUGGGCGUCACUGGGUCCGCCUGGCCGGCCGACCCGGCGCGGCCCUUCUGUCCGCCCGUCAGCAGUCCGUGGGCGCCGGGUGCCGCCGCCGCAGACUCCGGCUGGCCGCAGGGGUUCCCCUCGGAUGACGGGGACCACGCCAAGUAGAGCCGCCCGCCGUCGCUAAGGGCAGGGGCCGGCCCGGACGCUGCCCCAACCAGCUACUCAGCUGAGAGAUUGGGCGGCCGGCGCCGGCCUGUGGUGCUGGUGCCACUCCUGUAGGACUGACACCAGCACCAGGGGCGGCGCUGGCCGCCAACAGACGUGAUUCGCUCCGCUUACUCCUGGCCAGCUUUGCGUGUUUCGUUUUAGUCAAGAGGACGCCAGUCUUGCUGUUAAGUUGCGGGAGCAGUCGUAACAUGCCGUAACGCUCGAGAGCUCUGUAAGAGGCGUGCCGUUUUACUCUCGCGACUCCGGCAAGUUUGUACCUUGUGACUGUUGCGUCGUGCGCUUCUGAUUGUUCUGUAUCGUCUUCUUUGCUCUAUCCCUAUCGCAGUUCUUAUGAAUUGACUCGCUUCAAGAUAUAGUCUAGGACAUGUGGCCGAACCACGAAAACUGCGCUUUUGCAGCCGCAGCGAGGCUGCCGUACCAAUACGUGACCGUUAACCGAAGGAGACUUGUCAGAUCACAGCAGGGGGUGUCCCUCCCCCGGCCCGUGACCCGGGGCACAGGUGCAGUGGUGCUAAACUCCACCCGUCGACCUCUGAAAACGCUAUGAGAUAGCGCCAGAAAUUUAACCCAGAGACUGCAGAUGUGUGGUCCACAGGGAUUGUUCAGUUGGAGCGUCUCGUAUGCGGCGGAGCGUUUUCUCGGCCUGCGAUGGAUUCCAAGCACGCCUGACCCUGUGUCCGUGGCCGGCUGGGGUGGGCGGUAUCCCCACCCUGAGACCGAGUACCGGCCGACCGGGUACCCCAGCCGCUCCCCCAGGGAGCAGGCCAACCCACACCGCCGCCCGCGCCGCCCCGACUACCCUGGCGGCGCGGCGAGCGAGCGAGAGAGAGCGGACGCGUUUCGAGUGCCGCGUUGUUCGUGCUAGUUUGUUGGCUGCGACCGGCUGUCAGCCACAGAGCGAGACGCGCCGACACGUGUUAUACGCCGGGCGUGGCCAGAUGAAUAAUACAGCCCAAUCAGUCAUG